GCCGGAUCAACGUAACCAGCCGUUGCCAACAAUUCCAAGUAGCAUUUCUCAGCCUGUCAGCAGUGAGUCGCCUGGCCGUGCUGCUUCUUCCUCUGGCCUGAGACUGGAAACAUGCUGUCCUUCGCUCUCAGACAACUCACACGGCCACUCUGCCAGCGAGCCCCCGUCCGUCUUUGUGUGCGUGGCCAGCAGUCCCACGCCGCCACCCACUCAGUGGAUGAAGAUCGCCCAUGGACAGGCCAGGAGAGCCUGGCUCAGGAUGACCCCGAGAUGUGGGACCUGCUGCUGAAGGAGAAGGACAGGCAGUGCCGCGGCCUGGAGCUCAUUGCAUCUGAGAAUUUCUGCAGUCGAGCAGCUCUGGAAGCUCAGGGCUCCUGUCUGAACAACAAAUACUCUGAAGGCUACCCAGGGAAGAGAUACUAUGGAGGAGCAGAAGUGGUGGACCAGAUUGAGCUGCUGUGUCAGAAACGAGCCUUGGAGGCCUUUGACCUGGACCCAGCUCUGUGGGGAGUCAAUGUCCAGCCGUACUCCGGCUCCCCCGCCAACUUUGCUGUUUACACCGCCGUGCUCAAUCCCCAUGACCGCAUCAUGGGCCUGGACCUGCCCGACGGAGGACAUCUCACCCAUGGCUACAUGUCUGACGUGAAGAGGAUCUCAGCCACCUCUAUCUAUUUCGAGUCCAUGCCUUACAAGCUAAACACUGCAACAGGACUCAUAGACUACGACCAGAUGGAGAUGACGGCCAAGCUGUUCCGGCCCAAGCUCAUCAUUGCUGGCACCAGCGCCUAUGCCCGCCUCAUUGACUACGCCCGCAUCAAGAAGCUGUGUACCGACAUUAAGGCCUACAUGCUGGCUGACAUGGCCCACAUCAGCGGGCUGGUGGCAGCCAAAGCCAUCCCCUCUCCCUUUGAUCAUGCUGACCUGGUCACAUCCACCACACACAAGUCCCUCCGCGGAGCCAGGGCUGGCCUUAUCUUCUACCGCAAGGGUCUGCGCUCGGUUGACAAGAAGGGGAAGGAGAUCAUGUACGACCUUGAGGACAAGGUCAACUUCUCUGUGUUCCCCUCGCUGCAGGGCGGCCCUCAUAAUCACGCCAUCGCUGGUGUGGCAGUGGCACUCAGACAGACACUGUCUCCCAUGUUCAAGGAGUAUAUCGGCCAGGUUAUAAGGAACUCCAAGGCUAUGGCUACAGCUCUUCUCAGCAAAGGGUACACCCUGGUAUCAGAUGGGACUGAUAACCACCUUGUCCUGGUUGACCUGCGGCCUAAGGGCAUCGACGGAGCGCGGGCCGAGCGGGUGCUGGAGCUGGUGUCCAUCACUGCCAAUAAGAACACCUGCCCCGGGGACAAGAGCGCGCUGACUCCUGGUGGCCUCAGGCUAGGUGCUCCAGCCCUGACAUCCAGACAGUUCAAAGAAGCUGACUUUGUGCAAGUUGUUGAGUUCAUGGAUGAGGGCUUCAAGAUUGCCUUGGACGUCAAGAAGAAGACAGGAAAGCUCCUGGACUUCAAGAACUUCCUUCUCCAGGACCGCGAGACCGUGGCUCGCAUUGCCAGCCUGCGCCAUCGCGUUGAAGCCUUUGCCAGGCCCUUUCCCAUGCCAGGCUUCCACGACCAUUAAACCAACCAACGUAGAGUCUGAGGGGCUGUAACAGCCAGUCAGCAGAGAGCUGGCUGGGCAGGAGUGUGCCUGUGAUCUGGAGGACUCCCUUUCCUCCAAUCACAUCUGGAGGGUUUUUUUAUAUUUGUUUAUUGCAGUAUUCCAUCAAUCUGUUCUUGUAAAAAUUUGGCCUGGUCGAGCUCAACAAAAAAUAAAAUGUGACUGAUUUUGUAGAGCCGAAGAACCUAUUUUCUAUUGUAUGUGUGAAGAUCUUUCUCAGAUGUCUGCGUUUUUUUUAUGUGGGAGAAAAAAAGAACAUGUCAACCAACAACUCUGUGGCUUGAUUAGCAAAUAAUUUGUUAUUAAAAUAAGCAUCACUGAGAGGUCUUCAUGCUAUAAGACUGUUAACUAAUGUCCCGUAUGUAGAUUAUUAAAUUCACAUUGAGAUGUGUGCAUGAAAGCUUUCCUUUCUGUUUGUGAAACCAGGUCAACAAGAAGCCAGGUCAUACCAUGUUGUGUUGGCCUUUACAUUUCUGUAAAGCCAAUUUUGAUGAUCACAAACCAACCCGAAAGGUUGUCAAAAUAUAAUUUAUGAAAGUUAGCUCUCUUCAGAAUUGUGCAACUUGUCUCCAAAGGCAAACUUUGCAGGAGUGGUCUAAAUCAAAGGUACAUAUAUUAAUAUCCUAUAGUAAGGCUAUACCAAUGAAUUUUUACAAAGGGAGUUUCUAAAAGCAAAUGAUAAAACUCAAGAGAUUCAGAUAGUAAAACUAAAUGGUUAUUUGUAUUAGAUUGUUUUACAAAAGGACUAUGUCCACCUCUAUCCCUUAAUGUUUUUUGUUUUCCAUCUGAUGACUGCAUCAUCAUUUUUCUUUAGGCGUAUCAUUUAGUCAAAUUAUAACUGCUAUAUAUGUUGUAAUGAUGGAUAAAUUAACAGAUUAAAUAACAUAAAUGUCAUCCUGAAUUAUUUUAUACUUUAAUUUUAGUGUGUUUACAGAGAGUAUAUACUUUUCUAUGAAUUAUUUAAAAAUAAUUGAUAAUGUAACAUCCGUAAUAUGUUAAGGUUUCCAAUACCAGCUGAAUUGUUGUACUAGAAGAAGGACUAUUUAUAGUGCAGUCUGCCUGUUUUUAGUGUCAUUUAUUUCACCACAGUGUUCAAUGAUUGAAACUGUGAAGCAGCUAGAUUUAAAAAGUGUAUUUCUGCUUCACAGAUUGGAAUUGUUGUCAUUAUCGCUGCAUCAGUGAGGAAGCACGAAUUCUGUUUGUGAAAUGAUCGUACAGCACAAUCAAGAGAAGGGUUAGAAAUGGAGUGGUUACUUUCUUUGCACAAAACACAGCUUCCAAAGUGAACCAAAUAAUAUGAUUAUUCACAACACAAGUUUUUGACAGCCAAUAGAGUAGAUUUUUGCCAAAAUUACACCAAUAAGUACUUAACUACAAUGUUCAUAAAUCUGCUAUUUGACUGUAUCAUCUCUGAUAUGUUGCCAUCCUUUGUACAUCAACAGUUUAAACUAGCGUUCCUUCAAGAACUUUGUUUAAACAUUUAGUAUUAGCCUACUCCUAAUAAAAUCAAUAAUGCAAACAAAA